AUGGCUGUCGGUGACAGGGAAGAGGCCCUGGGAGGGACCCGAGGCCGCGUGCAGUGCUCAGCCACUUCUCCCAAAGGGACUCGAGGGGACUCCAGGCUCUGCACCUUGGCAGAAACCAUCUUACCUUAUACCCCCAUGAGUGCAGCUGGCACAAUUCAGGAGAAACCCAGCAAAGCAGGGGAUGCAGCGGAGGAAGUGGAGGUGACAGCCAUGAGGGCUUGCCAACAGCUGGGUGAAGUUUCUGUGCCCUUCGAGGAGGCCGAGUUGGGGUCGGGCCGGGUCACAGAUGCACUGGCGCGCAUCCAGCCCAGCGUUUGCUGGACUCGGAGGUUGUCGUCCCCACGUCUGGGAGCCAUGGAGCCCACCGCCGGUGACUUACAGCUGGUGCCCAGGGCAACCAAGGACAUCCAGGCUACAGACGCCGCAUGCUGCCGGACAGCCCUCUCGGCCAUGGUGGCCACCAGCAUCGUCAUGGUCACCCUGGGAGUCCUCGUGGCCUCCCUCUCUACACAGGGUGUCAAUGUGGAGCACACAGCUGAGCUGCGAGGGAUCCGGUUUGCCCCCAGCUUGCAGCAGGAGACCUCAGACUAUUACCGCACGCUGACACCCACUCUGGAAACGCUGUUUGUCAGCAGCUUUCGGGAGACAGAGUUGGAGGCCAGCUGUGUGGGCUGCACGGUGCUCAGUUACUGGGAGGGCAACGCCAGCAUCCUGGUGCGUUUUCGGCUGCACUUUAUGCAGCCGGCCCUGCGGACACCGAGCCCGGGCCUGGAGGAGGAGCUGCUGCAGCGGGGACUCCGAGAGAGGCUGCAGGGCCGCGGCAUCCCCCUGGCCCCCUAUGGCACCAUCGUGUCCGCCCAGCUCACAGGCGACCAGAAGGGGCCGCUGACAGAAAGAGACUUAAAAUCAGGUCGCUGUCCAGGGAAUGCCUUUUCCUGCGGGAACAGCCAGUGUGUGACCAAGGUGAACCCCGAGUGUGAUGACACAGCGGACUGCUCUGACGGCUCCGAUGAGGCCCACUGUGACUGUGGUUUGCAGCCUGGCUGGAGGACAGCCGGCAGGAUUGUGGGCGGUGUGGAGGCAUCCCCGGGGGAGUUCCCUUGGCAAGUCAGCCUCCGGGAAAACAACGAACACUUCUGCGGGGCCGCCGUCAUUGGCGCCAGGUGGCUGGUGUCUGCUGCCCACUGCUUCAAUGAGUUCCAAGACCCCACCGAGUGGGUGGCUUACGCGGGCAGCACCUACCUCAGCGGCUCGGAGGCCAGCACGGUGCGGGCCCGAGUGGCCCAGAUCAUCACGCACCCCUUCUACAACUCUGACACGGCCGACUUCGACGUGGCGGUGCUCGAGCUGGGUGGCCCCCUGCCCUUCAGCAGGCACGUGCAGCCCGUGUGCCUCCCGGCCGCCGUGCACGUCUUCCCGCCCAGGAAGAAGUGUCUGAUCUCGGGCUGGGGCUACCUCAAGGAGGAUUUCCUGGUCAAGCCGGAGAUGCUGCAGAAAGCCACCGUGGAGCUGCUGGACCAGGCCCUGUGCGCCAGCCUGUAUGGCCACUCGCUCACCGACAGGAUGCUGUGUGCCGGCUACCUGGAUGGGAAGGUGGAUUCCUGCCAGGGCGACUCGGGGGGCCCCCUGGUCUGCGAGGAGCCCUCCGGAAGGUUCUUCCUGGCCGGCAUCGUGAGCUGGGGAAUCGGCUGUGCAGAAGCCCGGCAUCCGGGGGUGUACGCCCGAGUGACCAGGCUGCGUGACUGGAUCCUAGAGGCCAUUGCCGCGGCGAGCAAGCCUCCGGCCCCCACGGCGGCUCCUGCCCCGGCCAUCCCCAGCACCGCCUGGCCCACCAGCCCCCAGAGCCCGGUGGUCAACACACCCACCAGACCCACGCUGGCCCCCAGCGCCGUGCCUCUCGACUCAGCCACUGCUUCUAAGCCACAAGAGUGCGGGGCCAGGCCGGCGCUGGAGAAGCCCACCCGGAUCGUGGGCGGGUUCGGGGCCGCGUCCGGGGAGGUGCCCUGGCAGGUCAGCCUGAAGGAGGGUUCCCGGCACUUCUGUGGAGCCACCGUGGUGGGGGACCGCUGGCUGCUGUCUGCCGCCCACUGCUUCAACCACACGAAGGUGGAGCUGGUGUGGGCCCACCUGGGCACCGCGUCCCUCUCGGGCGUCGGCGGGAGCCCUGUGAAGAUGGGGCUCAGGCGGGCGGUGCUGCACCCCCAGUACAAUCCCAGCAUCCUGGACUUCGACGUGGCCGUGCUGGAGCUGGCCAGGCCCCUGGUCUUCAACAAGUAUGUGCAGCCUGUCUGCCUGCCCCUGGCCAUCCAGAAGUUCCCCGUGGGCCGCAAGUGCGUGAUCUCUGGAUGGGGCAACACGCAGGAGGGAAACGCCACCAAGCCUGACCUCCUGCAGCGGGCAUCCGUGGGCAUCAUAGACCAGAAGGCAUGCAGUGCCCUCUACAACUUCUCGCUCACGGACAGGAUGAUCUGUGCGGGGUUUCUGGAGGGCAAGGUUGACUCCUGCCAGGGUGACUCUGGGGGACCCCUGGCCUGUGAGGAGACGCCUGGCGUGUUCUAUCUGGCGGGGAUCGUGAGCUGGGGCAUCGGCUGUGCUCAGGCCAGGAAGCCGGGCGUGUACACCCGAAUCACCCGGCUGAAGGGCUGGAUCCUGGACAUCAUGUCCUCCCACUCCCUCGCCACGCCCCCGCCGUCCACCACGAGGACGCCCACCAGCAGUCACCCUGCCAGGACGACGGCUGGCCUCACGGUCCUGGGGGUCGUGGCCAGCAGACCCACCCCCUGGGCCACCAGCAGGGUGACCAGCCAACCUGCCAACAGGACCACCACUGCCAUGACCACCACCACCAGGGGACAGACACCACUUCCACAUGCCACGGAGACCACCGUGGGCUCCCAGCCACCAGACUGCGGCCUGGCGCCGGCAGCAGCGCUGACCAGGAUCGUGGGCGGCAGCGCCGCGGGCCGCGGGGAGUGGCCGUGGCAGGUGAGCCUGUGGCUGCGGCGGCGGGAGCACCGCUGCGGGGCCGUGCUGGUGGCCGAGAGGUGGCUGCUGUCGGCGGCGCACUGCUUCGACGUCUACGGGGACCCCAAGCAGUGGGCGGCCUUCCUGGGCACGCCGUUCCUGAGCGGUGCCGAGGGGCAGCUGGAGCGCGUGGCGCGCAUCCACAAGCACCCCUUCUACAACCUCUACACGCUGGACUACGACGUGGCGCUGCUGGAGCUGGCGGGGCCCGUGCGCCGCAGCCGCCUGCUGCGGCCCAUCUGCCUGCCCGACCCCGCGCCUCGGCCCCCCGACGGCGCGCGCUGCGUCAUCACCGGCUGGGGCUCCGUGCGCGAGGGAGGCUCGACGGCGCGGCAGCUGCAGAAGGCGGCCGUGCGCCUCCUCAGCGAGCAGACGUGCCGCCGCUUCUACCCGGUGCAGAUCAGCAGCCGCAUGCUGUGCGCGGGCUUCCCGCAGGGCGGAGUGGACAGCUGCUCGGGUGACGCUGGGGGACCCCUGGCCUGCAGGGAGCCCUCUGGCCGCUGGGUGCUAACUGGGAUCACCAGCUGGGGUUACGGCUGUGGGCGACCCCAGUUCCCGGGCGUCUACACCCGGGUGGCUGCUGUGAGAGGUUGGAUCGGGCAGAACAUCCAAGAGUGACCGCCACACGGCUGCCCAGGCCUGGGACCAGCGACGUGAAGGUGGCAGGAACCAGCCGGCCACCCUUCCAGAGAAGGGGGUCCAGGUGGCAGGCGGGGGGUGGAGGGGUUGUGGGUAACUGGUGUGCAAUCUAACUGCAUAUUUUGUUCCAAUAAACACAGCCCCUCGUCUGCAGCCCACUGGCUCAGCCCUCCGUGUCACAGAAAUGACAACUGCCCGCCCCUCAGCCAGGGCCCAGAGGUGGGAGGAAAGAUGGGGGCGGGUAGGCCUUCCCGGAGAGGGCCACCCCCAGCCUUGGGCAGCCUCACCCUCGAGGCUCCCUUUUAUGUGACCGACACUCCCUGUCACCUGGAAACCCAGGAGUGCUCAGGAAAGAAGGGGAGGGGGGCACUGAGGCUCAGUCCCCACAGAGGCCCCUACAGGGGAGACGCACAGGGUUCUCUCCGCCGCCCUCAGCAUCUAUUUGUGUGACCCCAGGAGGCCACGGUUUAGAAGGGGUGUGGCCACAACUCCCAAGUCCAAACCAGGAUGCUAUGCCCAGGGCAUGAGGUUGAUCGCCCCGAGCGUGUUGCCAGAGCUGCUCCAGGUCUUUGCUCAAAACUCUCCAGCCCCAACCCUUAGGAGCGUCCUUGCUCACGACCCUCCAACCCCUGACCUUUAGCGGGAGUGAACACAAUCUUUUUAAGUUAAAGGGUCCAGAGCUACACACACACACACACACACACACAAAGAAAAAAACCAAAUGGAACCACUGGGACCAAGAUGGCGACAAAUCUGACCUCCAACAGACCGACUCUCUCGUUAUACGCUGAUUUGACUACAUUAGCAUAUUAAAUGACACACCUACCGGCAGCCAGGACCAGCUAUUAAGGAUCAAAACAGGAUAAAAAGGGGGUGA